CGAGCAGCCCUGUUUGUUUGUGUUGAGAGGUUGGAAAUGGCGGAGAGCAGAGAGCGCAGCGACAACUUGGCUUAGCAAAAGGCGACUGCACCGCCACCGACGCGCGGAAACCCACCGGCGCGACCCACGGAGCUCCCCGCAACGCGCUGCCACCGACCAGACGGGCGACCCACCCUCCCUCCCCACGCAGGAGGCGUGAAAACCCCGAUAUCGUGGAGCGACGUGUUGUUGCGAGGUUUAGCGAGCGGGCUAGCCUUGCGAGCUAGCCGCCAGCUAGCAUCCUGGCUAACUUCACCACCACGCAGGCUUGUUUGUCAACAAAAGCUGACGUUAAAUUGACAGCGAGCCAGCUCACACACAACUUGUGGAAAGUUUCCCGGAUGACCCACGCGUGUUUAUAACGUGGUGGCGACGCUUGGCCGCGGGAUCAUCAACGCAAAGUAGGAUUUGAUUUAAAAAAAAAAAAAAAAACAGAAGAAGAAGAAGAAGGAGGUGGGAAAAAAGGAAAAAGUGAGACAUCUGAGUAUCAAGUUAAGCUGGUUAGCGCAAGUUAGCCGAGUUGGCUCGGGUUGACCUGCUGACCGGGUUGAGCUAACCAGCGCUACGGGAGUCCCGACCGGACGGAGCUGCGGACACAAGCUGCCCGGGACGGCGGACAGCCAGAGGCCAGCUGGCUUCUCCCUGCACCUGGGAUGGUGCCAUGUGACCGUACGGCUGCAGAGCCGUGACCUCACCAUCUUGACUCUAAGCUGCUCGCCCACCAGCGACCCCGCCCGCAGCGUCCCCUCCAUCCCUUUCGACUGUGGCCAGAGUCCAGGAGAAGGCCCCCAAAGCCGCCACAUGACUCAUUCACUGGAGCCCAAGACCAAGCCAGUCUAAGCUGAAAAUGAGCGCCGUAGGGGAAGCCCCCCUGGACCCUGCCACCACGCCGGAGUCACGCAAGCGGAAGGGCUCGCCAUGCGACACAUCGGGGCAAAGUGUGGAGAAGCGGAGGCGGGAGCUGGAGUGUCGCUACAUCGAGGAGCUGGCUGAGCUGGUGUCAUCCAACAUAGGCGACAUCGCCAGUCUGAGCUCCAAACCUGACAAGUGCCACAUCCUCAAGAGCACCGUGGACCAAAUCCAGCAGAUCAGACGGCGUGAGCAGGAGAAAGCGGCUCUUCUGUCUCCUGAUGACGACGUGCAGAAGAGCGACGUCUCCUCCAGCAGUCAGGGGCUGGUGGAGAAAGAGGCGCUGGGACCCAUGCUGCUCGAGGCCCUGGAUGGAUUCUUCUUUGUGGUCAACCGCGAGGGGCGCAUCGUCUUCGUCUCUGAGAACGUGAUGGGUUACCUUGGAUACACCCAGGAAGAGCUGAUAAACUCAAGUGUCUACACCAUCCUCCAUGUGGGAGACCACAAUGAAUUUGUCCGCAAUCUGCUGCCUAAAAGCCUCGUGAACGGCGUGCCGUGGCCGCAGGAAGCCGGUCGCAGGAGCAGCCACACCUUCAGCUGCCGCAUGCUGAAGAGGCCGCCGGACGAGGCGGACUCCGAGAACCAGGAGGCGCGGCAGCAGUACGAGAUCAUGCAGUGUUUCACCAUCUCACAGCCGCGGCCCGUGCAGGAGGAAGGAGAAGACCUGCAAAGCUGCCUGAUCUGCAUUGCCUGUCGGAUACCGCGCACAGAGUCUUUCAUCACGAAGCAGGACCCGACAGGGAAGAUCAUCUCAAUAGAAACGAGCGCUUUGCGGGCGACUGGCCGGCCUGGCUGGGAGGACCUGGUCAGGAAGUGCAUUUACGCGUUUUUUCAGCCGCAGGGCAAAGAGCCCUCCCAUGCCAAGAAGCUGCUGCAUGAGGUGAUGGCGCACGGCACCGCCGUCAGCCCCUUGUACCGUUUCACAUUAAGCGACGGCACGCCGCUCAGCGCUCAGACACGCUGCAAGUUCUGCUGCCCACCAAAACCCGACGUACAGCCCUUCAUCAUGGGCAUUCACACUAUUGACAGGGAACACAUCACUGCUAGCUCUCAGGAAAACACUAACCCCAGCCUUCCACUGACCCCCAGCAGUAUUGCUCACACCCCGUCCCGCUCCCCCUCCCUCCCCCCCGGCAGCAACUCAAACCAAGGCUCUGCCCUCCUCCACGCCAACAACGGCUCCUCCCUCGGACACAACCCCCCCGCACCAACAGGCUACCUGACGCCCAACCGGACGAACUGCCCCCAGGAGGUCAGCAGCCCCUCUGCUCUCAGCAGCCCUCACACAGCCACCUCUACCUCGUUUAUGUCCACCAGGAUGCCACGUGCCAGUCCUGGGUCAGGGGGAAGCCCCCGGGUACCGGGGAACCCCUUCUCUCCCUCCACACCGGGCCUCCAGUCCCCCUCGGGGGCUCUGAGCAGCGGCGGCGGCCUCGGCAGGCAGCAUUCUGGCGGCAAUAGCAACAGCGGUGUAAACGGUGGGUCGGCAGGGCCUUUCCCCCUCCAGAGACAAGCCAGUUUGCCAACGGGCUCCUCAACCCGGCCGCCGUCGGCGAAGCCCCAAAGGGGAGGUGGGGAAGGGGGAGAGGACUCUAAAGCUCCCCAUCCGUCUGCCUCUCAGCCGGGGAACCCCAGAAUCAACCAGCUCCCGGACGGCAGCGUCGCCGGAGAGGAAUCCAACAGCAGCAGCAGCAACUCAUCACCUCAUCCUCCUCCCUUCUCCCUGGCUCCUCAGUGCCCCGCUUCCCACAGCAGUCUGACGGAGCGGCACAAGAUCCUGCACAGGUUGCUCCAGGACAGCAGUCCCAACGACGCCUCCGCCUCCGCCGCGGAGGAAGGAGGCAACAGAAAGGAGGUGGAGAUCAAGCGGGAGCCGCCUGCCAGUCCGGCGCUGAGUGCCAAGUCCAACUCCAGAGAGCCGCAGGACCACCAGCUGCUGCGAUUCCUUCUGGAUACCGACGAGAAGGACUUGGGCGACCUUCCGCCUCCAUCAGCCCUGAGCCUCCAGACGGUUCGGGUGAAGGUGGAGAAGAGAGCCAGCAGCGACGGACUGGCCUGUUCGGGGACGUCCAAACCAACCGCAGUCCCCGGCGGCUCGGCCUGCGUCAGCCCCAAAUCCAGUCCUCUGGGAGAGAACCGCAGAGACUCAACGGUAUCUAUUGGACCUGCUGAUAAGGACCCUCUUAACCAGCUCCUGCCCGGCCUCAGAGGUCCGCUCGGGGCCAAACAGGGCAGCGACGAGUCGGUAAUUCCUGGAGGGGGCCCCCAACUACAUUCUCCAACCACGCAGCUUCCAGCUCCGCUCCAGUCCCCAGUACCUCGCCUCCAGUCCCCCCUGUCCCAGCCUCAGUCGGUUCCCCAGCUGCAGUCCCCGUCGCCUCAGCUCCACUCCCCUUCCCACCAGCUCAAACUUCAGUCGCCCACUCAUCUCCAGCCCGGCGAGGCCUGCACUCCCCGCAACGUAAAUGUGAAGAGAGAACCUCCAGGGACUCCCAACAAAGGACUUGGUGACGGCGGCCCGACUUCGGGCUCCAGCCUCCAGAAGCAGUCGUCGUUUGAUUUCUGCAACCCUGCCACUCCAAGCCAGCAGCAGGGCCAGGGAGACAUCCUGCAGACCCCGAAGGACAGCAGCCCUUUUCCAGAGACGGAAGUCAUCAACCCUUUUGCUCCGAGCACUGGGCUCACAAAGAUGGAUGUGGGAGAUUCCCAGUUCCAGCCUCUGGCUCUGUCUGACACUUUGUCUUUUGAUGGACUUGGAACUCCUUUACAGGCCUCCUUAUCGUCGCCGCAAGAACAGUGUGUGCCUUGCACGCUGGAUGAAGACCUGGGCCCCCCGACCACGCCUGAAGCGCGGAACGACGAGAAGGCUCUGAUCGAGCAGCUCGUCUCCUUCCUGAGCGGGACGGACGAGAGCGAGCUGGCCGAACUAGACAAAGCCCUGGGUAUCGACAAACUGGUACAGCUUCCUUCUCCGCAGGGCGGCUGCUUCGACCCUUUUCCUCAAAACUUCCCACCCCAGCAACCCACUGCCACGCCCGUCUCCCUGGACCCCAAGCCGCCCGCCUUUACCUUCCAGUUCCCACCGGCUUCGCAGGCUUCGUUCCCUCCAGAGCUGGCCGCCGUGGGCCAGCAGGGCGUGGCGUUCGGAGCCGCCUGCGGGGCUUUCCCCGGCGGGGGGCUGAGGCCGGGCGUGACCAGACCCCAGGGGAUGGGCCCCCAGCUCAGGCUGCCGCCCAACCAACUGCGGCUGCAGCUGCAGCAGAGACUGCAGGGCCCGCAGCAGCUCCAGAACCGGCUGGCGGCCAUGAAUUCAUUCCCAGGAGGACCCCAGCAAGUGAACCUGGGGGUCCGACAGGGGGUCCAACAACCCCAGAUGCCCUCACAGCAGCCUCCGCUGAACGCCCAGAUGCUGGCGCAGCGUCAGAGGGAGCUCUACAGCAUCCACCACCGGCAGCAGCAGCAGCAGCUCCUCCAGCACAAGGUCCGGCUCAUGAGACAGAACGUGGCAGGAGCUGCGCCCGGGGGCCCCGGGACCAUCAGGGUACCCAAAGGCCCCCCCGCCACGUCUCAGCAGCAGUUCAGCUUCCCGCCGGGGUUCAACCCGAUGGCGGGGAACACCCCUACCUCACCGAGUCACUUCAGCGCCGUGUCGGGCGCCCCUUUGGACACCAAGCUGUCCGUCAGGGUCCCCCCGAGCAACCAGACGCUGCUGGGUGGCUUACAGGGCCAGUUUGACGGCACCGUGAACUCCUCGAUGCAACAGGGACUCUUUCAGCAGUUUGGAGGCUCUGCUGUGGUCCAACAAGACCCACCGUUUCCUCCUGAGAUGAGCCCCACCAGCCCAUUGUUAUCACCUCAAAGCUCCACCUCCCAGAGUCCCCUGCUUCAGCAGGCGCCACCUCCAGGCUAUCAGUCACCAGACAUGAAGAGCUGGCAGCAGACGGGCCUGGGCGGCCUGUUCGGUCAGUCAGGACAGAGUGCAGGGCCGGCGUUUGGCCAGCAGGGGGCGUACAACAACAUGAGCAUCACCGUCUCCAUGGCCGGAGGCAGCGGGGCCGUCAGCUCUCUGCCUCCGAUGGGACAGGCCGUUGGAAUGAGCAACAGUAACCUCAGCAGCGUCAGCUCAGUGUGCAGCGACCAGCAGGUGCAGCAGGUCCAGGUCUUUGCCGACGUCCAGUGCACGGUGAACCUCGUCGGCAGCGACUCCUACCUGAACCAGGGCUCCAUGGGGGCCGCGGCGUCCCAGAAGGGCCCCGGGCCCCAGGCCUCGCAGAGCAGCCAGGCCCAGCAGAAGAGCCUCCUCCAGCAGCUCCUCACCGAGUGACACCCCCCCUCCUCCCCCUCCACCCCACCCCGCCCCAUCCUGUCAGCUCUCCUGCUCCCCCCUCACUGAUUUAUCGCCUCCUCCUGCUCCUCGGAGGUCGGCGCACCAGACCCAUGCUGUCUCUGUCUCACCUUACGGACGGACGGAUCGACGGACGGAUGGAGUGAGCAGGUGGAGAGGUGAGGGAGGGGGGGUGGCGUUUCAGGCCUGGUUACCUCACCGGGCCGGUACUUUUUGAGAACGUCAAAAAGGAGCCGCGGUGUUAUUUAAACCUGCCUGUCGAAUCUGUCUGACAACCUGUCUGUCUGCCUCAGCCUAUUAAAGGCAGUGUUGUCUUGCUGCUCAUUUUUUCUCGGCGACCUACUUCCUGCUCCCUGACCCAGGAGAAAACAACUGCGACGUCAUUGUAGAUUUGCCAAUUAUUAUUAUUAUUAUUUUUUAUUUUUUUUCGUCACUGUCGAAUCAGGGCCGACCUCCUCUGUUUUUUGUUUUUUAUUUUUAUUUUUUUUUCGUUCUCCUGCCUCGUUUUGUGCUUCGAUGACGGGUUGGCCGGCGUGGCACCUCUGGCUUUUUACUGUUCUUUAAUUGUUUCGUUAGCGUCGUUCUCUACCCGUCUCUCUCUCUCUCUGUCUCUCUCUCUCUCUCUGUCUCUCUCUCAGCGAUGUGGGAAUGUUAAGGUUUCAGACCUCAGCGGCAUUGUGAGAUAGAAGCUCAGUAUCAGCUGGUUCUGGGACUGUUCCUCUCUAUCUGCUGCAGUGCCUGGUGGAAGUGCGAGUUUGUCCCAAGCUCUUGCUUCUUCUUCUUCUUCUUCUUCUUCUUCUUCUCCUCAAUUUUUUUUUAUUCUGUAUUUUAUGUUUUGGGUUGGAUUGUUUAAAAAAAAAAAAAAAAUCUUCUGCUCUCUCCGUCAUUAUCAUCAUCAUCAUCGUCAUCAUCACGACCUCCAGAACAAGCUUUGACACCAACCGGGACGGACGGAUGGAUUGAUGGGAGUCAGAGGGGAUGCUGCUCAGUUUUUGAACUUAGAUGUCUUUUAUUUUUUGUUUCUGUCAGAGUAUAAAAAACAGACUGUUAUGAUUAUUUAACUGUCUUGUCCGUCAUAUUUUAGCCUCACCUCAGCAGAUGUGAAUACGGAGGCCCCGGCAGGGUUCUUCCUCUCCUCCUCCUCCUCCUCCUCUCCUUCUCUCUCUUGUGUCUUCACGGUUUCUCUCAGCCUAUCAGUGUUGUUUGCCACGUGCACCAUAUGCAGGCGGGUAGUAUUUGUACAUUACAGAAGGACAAAGACUUUAUUUUUUUGGGGAGGGUGAGCUAACCUGUUCUCUUGUAACUGCUUUCCUUUGAAAGAAAAAAAAACAAAAAAAACAAAAAAAAAAACAAAGUGUAAUUAAUUGAAUACUCAGAAGAGGCAAACCUAUGUAUAAUGUGAUUCGAUCCAUUUAUUUUGUUUGUUUUUAUUAGUUUUAAACCAGUUCUAAUAAUGUCUACUCAUUUUUGUUUUUUUGUUGAGAUUAUUAUUAUUAUUAUUUUCUUUGGCAUAUUGUGACACACCGACAUGUUGCAGUGGAGGAAGAAGUUAUUCCAGCUUCGACAAAUGUGAAAAUUUAAGCCAAUUUGACUUUUAAAAAGAAAAAAAAUUAGUUAGAAGCGGCUCCCCCUUUUUUCUUUUUUUUUUCUCCAAACAUAAAUAGUUUGUUGUUUUUGUUUUCCAGGGAGCUAGUUAGCCAUUAUCCCUAUUUUGAUUGUUUUUUUUUGCUUUCUCCUAUUUUUUUUUGUAUUAAAAAAAACAGCACCUCUGUUUGUAACCAUUGUAUAAAAAUUAUAAUUAUAGCUCAAGUCGCACCGUUUGCUGCUCAUAGCUGCAACGAAUGAUGCGCUUUCCCUUUUAUUGUCCCCAUAUAUAAUGAAAUUUAAAUAGAGGCUUUAGCUUUUAGAACUUCCUAACAAAGAUGUGAUUUGGUGAUUAAUUAAAAGAUGUCAGGAAUCUGAAUUGAGCUUUGAUUAAACAAAAAAAUAAUAAUAAUUUUGCUCCAGUUCAAACCGUGUUUAUCCAAUCGGUAAUUCGUCUCCUUUCCGCCUCUGAAGUCGUCACUCCGCCGCCGGCUGCUCACCUGUACAGCUUCCUGUUGACUACUGUUGAUCGGUCAUACACUGUCUCUCUCGACGUCAUAACAGACAUGAGGAUU